AUGGUUCCCUCAUUGACCACGGAUCUGGGUGAAGGAAAGCUGUCCGGGAGUAGAGACAGUGAAAUAAGAACAGAUCUGAAUGCCACGCAGACUGUGGGUAAUACAUCUAUUAUAUCCACUGCGAAUAGUGUAGUUUCCACGGAUACGAUGGAUAGUACCGAUACGACGGAUACUCUGAGCGCUAUGAACAGCAGUAAACAGUUCUCUCCGCCAAGUGUGCCUAUUCCAGCUGAGACCACUUUCCCGAUGAAAUCUUCCAGCAGGAAGCCCACAAAGAAACGAAAAUAUUCCAGAAGUGGGUGUCUGGAAUGCAAGAGACGGAAGAUAAAAUGUGAUGAAAAGAAACCAGAAUGCUGGAACUGCCGCCGUUUAAACAAGGUAUGUACCUACGAGAAUUUGGUCAAGUUCAAUAGAGCCCGAAGCUUCACGGUCAAUAGGAGUAAGCUCGUUAACUUCCCCGUAAGUGCAAUUGAAGGCAGUCUCUCCUCGGCUUCUCGUUUGAAUAAUUCCUCUACGGUUCCUCCAUCAACUACUUCUUCGGUCGCCAGCUCCAGUGAACCAUUUCUAGAGAGGCCAUCUAUACUGGUUAGGGAUUCUUCUCGACAGAUACCGCAGAGCAAUAAUCCUUCAACGUUUCAACUGCCUGAUCCUUCACAGAUGGUGUUUAAUAAUCCUAUCAUUCCGGUGGGUGAGCAGAAUCAGAUAAACGAGAAUCUUCUUAACGGUGCCAGUAAUGUCAUUUCCGAUUUAAACGACAUGAUUCAGCAUUUUGGGUUUGACUUCGGAACCUACAGCCAACAUUUUGAUAAUAAUAUGUUUCCAGCUCAGCGUGGCAGUUGUAGGAACAGUGUUCCAGAAAUUUCUCCUGUCCCAGCCUCCUAUCCUUCAGAAAAUGUGGUUUCUAAUUCUCCGAAAUCCGAUGAGAACUAUGUGAAACGGUUGACGAAGACCAAGGUAGACUCUCCCGUUAGGGAGGAAUCACAGGAUGAGUGCUUUGCUGCAUCUUCAGCUUCUGUGAAUUCAAUGGCUUUACUAGCCUCUGUAGCGGAUGAUUCCACUUAUAUUAUUAAGUCGCCAACUACCCCUUCUACCUCAGCCGCUUCUACCUCAGCCGCUUCUACCUCAACCACUUCAAGUUCAUCCUUGGUCGCAUACCCUUCCCCUCCCCUUUUUAUUUUGAUGUCAGAUUCUCCCAGUCGCUUUGAGUACCUUCACGUGCUCAAUAAUACUAUCAAUAUAAGUGAUCUUGUCUCGCUGGCUAAGUUCUUCAACUGGAAAUUGACCUCGUUACACAUCAACUACCUCAAAAUAUUUGUCACAAAGAUCCACAUGAAUUUCCUUCCAUUUACAACCUCCUUUCUUAACAACGCUUAUAUUAGUUGUUUUCUUUCGCAGGCUAAACCUGCCCCACAUCUUCUUUUUGCACUUUUGGCCAUCGCUGCCAAAUAUAAAAUGUAUCAAGUUGCUAGAACCAUCACUGAUGGGGACUCUCAACGCGAGAAGCUAACGUAUCAUAGAAAGUUUAGAUCCUACUACCUUUCUUCUUGCUUAAAAUCAUUGAGUACUAUUAUGCAUUCUAAACCUCAAAUUUUUGGUAAUAUUGAGUCUUUGCUUCUCACUAUCUUAGUUUUAGCAUCAGACUGCUCUGGAAAUAAAGGUUCUGAGUGGAGAGCUCAUUUGAAAGGUGCCAAGGAUUUACUUCUCAAGUACUGCAAGUUUAGACCGAUGUCUUUAGCCUUAGUCAUUGUCUGGCUUUGGUUUUAUUCCAUGGAGACUCUUGCUGGUCUUACAGCCUAUAACGGUGGUACCAUUCACGAUUUUGACGAGUUACAAGACUUUUUGGAGGUUAUUAAGAGUACAAAUUCCAAUGUUGGUAUGGCAUUAAAGAAGUUUGGUUUUUUAUUUGGUGGUUAUCAUGUAGAUAAUUUGGAUAAUCCCAUAUUGCAGAAGACAGAUAUUGUCCCUGUUACUGAUAAAUCAGAAUCGGAUGGUCCCAAAGGUGCACCUAACGAGUGUGAUGCUGACGAAAAUUAUAUCGUUGUUGAUGGCCAUAGGAUUAAAAAGUUGGUCAACUAUGACCUCUAUAUUGGAUAUAAUGAUGAUGUCAUCGAUAUUAUUAACGAUAUAGUGGUUGCAGUUGAAAGUUUGAGGAAGUUUUCUACCAAACAGUUUGAUUCUCGUAUCAAUGAUGUCCUCAAUUCUUGUGGUAACGUCCGAAACGAGUACUUAGUCAGUCUAGUGGCCAAGAUCUCUAAGGCUCGCUCAUUCACCAUCGUGGGCAACAAAGCCCCCUUCAGAAUUCUAAUACAAUCGCCCUACCAUCCUUUGAAUACUAAAGGUUACCACUAUAACAAUCCUACCGGUGUCAAUGUUGUGUUAUCCGGCUAUAUUCAUAACACUAACAAAAAUACCUGCUCCAAUGAUGAUAACAAAAACUGGUACAGUUGGUUUGACCUUUCUCAGCAGCUAUAUGUUGACGCCACGUUGCUAAAGGUGUUAACAGGUCCGCACUUCUUUUCAGAAGAAGGAUUAUCUAUCAAGAGCUCUUUGGUUCAAGGUGUCGUGGAGAGAAUGAUGUCUGGAUUGCAUUGUUUAAUUACGUAUAGAGAUAGUGUGAGCGAUGAAAAUCUGGAAAGCCUUAGGGUCUACUAUAAUGAGCCCGAAGGAAGUAACGAUGAUGAAAGCAAUGAUCCUGAGAAUGAAUCAGCUGACGAUGUGAAUGACAGUGAAAACAGCAGUGGAUUAAUCUCUGACUUCGAAACUACGAAUGAUGAUGCACCCGAACGUCUUCAUAUAAAAGAAGAAUACGAGUUGCGGAAUGAUAGAGAUAUCCGUGGUGGGAACAAGCGCUUCAAAGUAUGUUUAGGAAAACAGGAGAUUCAGUUUGAAAAGUAUCUUUAUUAUCAGUUUGAUAAUCGCUUAGUCAUGGUGCAGUGGCCUCUCUUUAUGUGUGGGCUGUGUUGCAUAGAACCGAAACAAAAGUUGAUCAUUGACUGUUGCUUCAAUGCCCUGAUGAGUCUUGGGGUGGGUUCAAGUAAAAUCAUGUUGACUCGUUUGGUCAAAGUUUGGACACUGCAGAAACGGGGUAAGUUCGACUACAGUAGUCAGCAUCUCUUCGACAAUGAAGAUGAUUCUGUGCCAUUCACCUAA